GCUCACCCCAUAGUCCAUAGUUCCGUACUUGUGUAGUUGUGUAGGCAAGGCGUGGCCUGGGGCGGGGCCGCGUGGCCUGGGGCGGGGCCGCGUGGCUGCUUCGCUAGUCGGUACCAAAAACCCCUCAUUUGUUUUGUUUAGGGUUUAACGCCUGCAAAAAUUAAAUUUGAAAGAAACAAAGGAAAUCAAAUCAGCCAUGUUUAGAAAAAAAUUACCCUCUCUUUUUCGGAUCGCAUCAUCAUCUCCAGCUUCCGGUGCUUCAAAGCCAGUUAAUGAAGAAAAGAGCAGAUCAUUAGGCCGAAAAGCUGUGUCAACUGCUCUGCUAUGUCUUACUGGUGGUGUUGCGUUGAGUGCCGUUGAUGACCUUGCUAUCUACCAGGGCUGUAGCAGCAAGGCAAUGGAGAAAGCCAGCAGGAAUCAGGAAGUCAUUAAGGCAAUUGGUGUACCAGUAGUUAAAGGCCCUUGGUAUAGCGCUUCACUUGCUGUAACUCACAAGAGGAAUUCUGUGUCCUGCACAUUUCCUGUUUCUGGACCUCAAGGCAAUGGUGUUCUGCGCUUGAAGGCUGUUCGCGAUGGAGAUGACUCCUGGUCAUCAUUCUUUCGUCCACGCAACUUCGACAUCUUAAUAUUGGACGCAGUACUCUACAUUCCAGGAAAUGAAGAAUCAAAGCAAACCAUUAAGAUUAACAUCUCAGAUGACGUCCCCUCUCCUGCAUGUCAACCUUGCACUAGAUGUCCAGACACAGGAACUCCAGGUAAACAACAAUGACGGGACACUUGGGAAGAACUUCCUCCUUAGCUAUAGCGGAAACCAAUAAAAAUAAUUCAUAUAUUCUUUUAUACAUAUAUGAGAUAUUGUUACAUUUUUCCUGGAAUACACAAGAAUACAUGUAUAAUUUCCUUGGUAUGUUCACUUAUAAAAGCUUUUUUUCACUAGAAACAGUGAUACAAGUAAAUUUUUGUUUACAAUCGGAUCCAACUGUGAGAUCUUUCUCUACCUUAAUGUUGUCCUUUUAACUCGAAUCUGUGUAGCUUGGCAUUGAAUUGAACCAAGAUUAAUUACAAUUGCGCAAUAUAUUGAGAAUUGAUACAUUUGUAAUGGAUAAUUAUAGUGAUACUUGUAUGAAAA